AUGCGAGAGGUCAAAGGUCAGCCUAGCGAGUUCCGCUUCCGGUUCCGGGAUUUUGUUUGUUGUCAGAAAAGGUUCGUGGUUUCAGUGAGCUCUCAGAGCAGAUUUCUAGCGUCCGUGCAGGGGGCCAGGUGUCCCGAGGUCCGCUGCUGCAGACAUGGCGGCCUCUACUGCGGCCGGGAAACAGCGGAUUCCCAAAGUGGCCAAGGUGAAAAACAAAGCCCCAGCUGAGGUACAGAUAACUGCUGAACAGCUCUUAAGAGAGGCUAAAGAAAGAGAACUUGAGCUUCUUCCACCUCCACCUCAACAAAAGAUCACAGAUGAAGAAGAAUUAAAUGAUUAUAAACUGAGGAAAAGGAAGACUUUUGAAGAUAACAUAAGAAAAAACAGGACUGUGAUUAGUAACUGGAUAAAAUACGCACAAUGGGAAGAAAGCCUAAAGGAGAUUCAAAGGGCUCGAUCCAUAUACGAGCGUGCUUUAGAUGUAGACUAUCGAAAUAUUACACUCUGGCUGAAAUACGCAGAAAUGGAAAUGAAGAAUCGCCAAGUCAACCACGCACGAAAUAUCUGGGACCGGGCCAUAACAACGCUACCUCGAGUCAAUCAGUUCUGGUACAAGUACACAUAUAUGGAGGAAAUGUUGGGAAACAUCGCCGGUGCCCGGCAGGUGUUUGAGCGCUGGAUGGAGUGGCAGCCUGAGGAGCAAGCCUGGCACUCCUACAUCAACUUUGAGCUGCGAUACAAAGAGGUGGAUCGGGCCCGCACCAUUUAUGAGCGAUUUGUCCUCGUGCACCCUGAUGUUAAGAACUGGAUCAAGUAUGCCCGCUUUGAAGAAAAACAUGCUUAUUUUGCUCACGCACGGAAAGUGUAUGAGAGAGCUGUGGAAUUCUUUGGCGAUGAACAUAUGGAUGAGCACCUUUAUGUCGCCUUUGCCAAGUUUGAAGAAAAUCAGAAAGAGUUUGAAAGGGUACGAGUGAUUUACAAGUAUGCCCUGGACAGAAUUUCAAAACAAGAUGCCCAAGAACUCUUUAAAAAUUAUACCAUCUUUGAGAAGAAGUUUGGUGAUAGGCGGGGUAUUGAAGAUAUCAUCGUGAGCAAACGGAGAUUCCAGUACGAAGAAGAAGUGAAGGCGAAUCCACACAAUUAUGAUGCAUGGUUUGAUUACUUGCGCUUGGUGGAAAGUGACGCAGAAGCUGAAGCCGUGCGAGAAGUCUACGAAAGGGCCAUUGCCAACAUCCCACCCAUUCAGGAGAAGAGGCACUGGAAGCGCUACAUUUAUCUUUGGAUCAACUAUGCACUCUAUGAAGAAUUGGAGGCAAAGGAUCCUGAGAGGACGAGACAGGUAUAUCAAGCCUCUUUGGAACUAAUUCCUCACAAAAAGUUCACAUUUGCCAAAAUGUGGAUACUCUAUGCACAGUUUGAAAUACGACAGAAAAAUCUGUCAUUAGCCAGAAGAGCAUUGGGAACUUCCAUAGGCAAAUGUCCAAAGAACAAAUUAUUUAAAGUUUACAUAGAAUUGGAGCUACAGCUUCGAGAAUUUGACAGAUGCCGGAAGCUUUAUGAAAAGUUCCUGGAAUUUGGACCUGAAAAUUGUACCUCAUGGAUUAAAUUUGCUGAAUUAGAGACAAUCCUUGGUGAUAUUGACAGAGCACGGGCAAUCUAUGAAUUAGCCAUCAGUCAGCCACGUUUAGACAUGCCAGAGGUGCUUUGGAAAUCAUAUAUUGAUUUUGAAAUUGAGCAGGAAGAAACGGAAAGAACACGAAACCUUUACCGACGGUUGCUUCAACGGACGCAGCAUGUCAAGGUAUGGAUCAGCUUUGCUCAGUUUGAGUUGUCUUCAGGAAAAGAAGGAAGUUUGGCUAAAUGCAGACAAAUUUAUGAAGAAGCCAACAAAAGCAUGCGAAACUGUGAAGAAAAGGAAGAGAGGCUUAUGCUGCUGGAAUCUUGGCGAAGCUUUGAAGAAGAAUUUGGAACAGCAUCAGAUAAGGAGAGAGUAGACAAACUCAUGCCAGAGAAAGUCAAGAAGAGAAGAAAGGUCCAGGCUGACGAUGGGUCCGAUGCAGGCUGGGAAGAAUACUUUGAUUACAUCUUUCCAGAAGAUGCUGCCAACCAACCUAACCUCAAACUCCUGGCCAUGGCCAAACUAUGGAAGAAACAGCAGCAGGAAAAGGAGGAUGCUGAGCACAGUCCAGAUGAGGAUGUCGAUGAGAGUGAAUCCUGAUCUUUUUCAUAUUGACAAAUGUUUUGUUAUUUUUAUAAAUUAAUUGUUUGGAACUUUUGUGACUCCCGGAAGUUCUUAUAUAUUUCACCAGUAAGAAAUUGAUUGGUAUCUUUGAUAGCUACUUUUUAAAAUUAUUUUUUUAAAUGCCCUUGGGUUAUCUAGUGGUGGGGAUUGCAAGUAAAGGACUUUUUUAACUGCUGGAUUUCUUUUUCCAACUGAGAUCAAACUUUUCUAACAUCUGUACACAUCAUGCAUUAGGAAAUGUAAUUAAGAUAACGUUUAGCAUCUAUUUUGGGUGAACUCGCAGACUUUUGAGCCCUUUUUUUUUUUUUUUUAGCUUUUCGGUUACAUUCUAUAAUAACUUUUCGUAUCAUAACCAUAGUUUAUGCAUUCAUCUGAAAUGUGUAACUUCGUCAUGUCUUCAGAGUCACAGACUUGAGUUCAUUUCCCAGCCCUGCCAUUCGUGAUUAUGUAACUUAAUUUUCAUUUUCCUCAUAAAAUGGGCCAAUACUUACGGCAACUCAUUCUGAAGAUUAUAUUAUAAGAGGAAUAUACCUGGUGCAUAGUAAGUGCUCAGUAAAAUGUUUGUUCUAAGCCACUUUUUAUUUUUUAUUAUUUUUUUUAAAGCCAGGGUUUUACCAUGUUGGUCAGGCUGGUCUUGAACUCCCGACCUCAGGUGAUCCGCCUGCCUUGGCCUCCAAAGUGCUUGGAUUACAGGCGUGAGCCACCACUCCCGGCUACGUUCUAAGCCACUUUUAAAAAUAGUUACAUUCCUUGUAGAAUUGAAUGUGAAUGGAUUAAUUUACCGUGUCUUCUACUAGUGGCCAGUUAUAUUAAGUGCUUUUUAGAACAUUACUUGGAAAAUAAUUUGCAGUGAUUAUAUUUCUGAACAAGGUUCAGAAAACAUUGUUUACCAAGAAUAAUUUAGUCUAAUUUCAGUUAGGCACUCAUCAGUUCUCCAGAGUGGUAGAGCUUCGUAAUAGCUUGUUUAAAGAAUAAUGGCUUGUUUACAUGUGUGCUACAAAAAAUGAUGUCCCAUGUUCACAUAAAUUUGGGAAACUCUGGACUAAGACUUAAGUCUCAUUAGUCAAAUCCCUUUAUAGUUAGGCUUCUGUACAUUAUGUAUCUCCAGUAGCA